AUGUUAAAUGUUGCUGAUUUUGAAGAUACUGGUCCAAAAACUACCGUCCCCAAUACUAAUGCCAUUAGUCACCUCACUUAUCUCGGUGGUGGUAGUAUUUAUGAUGAUGAGAAACCUCCACGAAAAGGUGUUGUGUCAUAUAUUUCUGAGUCAUCGACGUUAAUUGACUCGAUGCCUGAUGGUGAUCAUAAAACAAUCAGUAAUAUAAAACCAUCUGAAAGUAUAACAAUAUCUCAAGCAAUGAGUCCACAAAGUAACCUUCUCACUGUUUCAUUAUCACCUAUUAAAGAGGAAACUAUACCAGAUCUAACACAAGUAACAAUAAUACAAAAAAAUAAACCAAAUAAAUCAGAAAUACCACAACUAACAAUAAUACAAGAAAGCAAUCAAGGUGAUAGUGAUAUUUCUUCAACUCAUAGCAUAACGACUACUGAGUUUGAUAGGCAAAGUAAAAUAAGCAUCGAACGAACAACUAUUCAUAGUAUUAUUGAGGAAGUUUAUGUGGAUGAUGAUGGAAAUCCUAUAGAUGUUAAUUCUUUGAAUGCUGAUUCCAAAACUAUUCAUAGUAUUAUUGAGGAAGAUGUGAUUGUGGAUGAAAAUGGAAAUCCUAUAGAUUCAAACACUCUUUCUGGAAAUAGUGGGUUACUGGUUCCAGGUGAAAGGACGCGAAGGACAAGUGUUAUAUCAACAAAUACUUUGAAUACUGAUUCAAAAACUGUUCAUAGUAUAAUUGAGGAAGAUGUGAUUGUGGAUGAAAAUGGAAAUCCUAUAGAUCUAAGCACUCUUUCUGAAACUGGUGGGUUACUGGUUCCAAGUGAAAGGGUGCGAAGGGCAAGCAUUAUAUCAACAAAAACUGUUAUAAGUCAAGUAAGUCAGAUUAUAUAUCAAGAUGAAAGUAGUGUAAUUGAACAUUCUGGGGAAUUGGGUAAUAUUAAUGAAUAA